CAGCAACAUGGCCGACGCUACGAAGAAGGAGCCUGUGGACCUGUCCGGGGACGGCGGCGUGCUCAAGGAGACGUACGUGGAGGGCUCGGGCGAGUUCCCGCCCGCCGGCGACGAGAUCCGCGCCCACUACACCGGUACGCUGCUGGACGGCACGAAGUUCGACAGCUCGCGCGACCGCAACUCGGAGUUCAAGUUCGUGCUGGGCAAGGGCAACGUGAUCAAGGCCUGGGACCUGGCCUUCGCCUCGAUGAAAGUCGGCGAGAAAGCUGUGCUGACGUGCAAGCCCGAGUACGCGUACGGAGCGAGCGGCAGCCCGCCCAAGAUCCCGGCCAACGCCACGCUCAAGUUCGACGUGGAGCUGCUGGGCUUCAGCCCCAAGGCCAAGGAGAUGUGGGAGAUGGACGCCGAGGAGAAGAUCGCCGAGGCCACCAAGCUCAAGGCUAAGGGCACGGAGCAGUUCAAGGCCAAGCAGUUCGAGACGGCCGCCGCCACGUACAACCAGGCCGCGUCGCACAUGGAGGACAUGUACGACGUUGCCGACGAGGAAAAGAAGACCAUGAAGCAGCUGCAGACCACUUGCUUCCUGAACGCCGCCAUGGCCUUCCUCAAGGUGCAGAACUACGCCGAGGCGGUCUCCGCUGCCACCAAGGCGCUGAACAACGAGCCCUCCAGCGUCAAGGCGCUGUACCGUCGCGGCGUGGGCCGCAUGCACCUGAACGACCUGGAGCGCGCGAAGGAGGACCUGCUGGCUGCCGGCAAGCAGGACCCGGCCAACCGUGAGGUGCGUCGCGAGCUCGAGGUGCUCAAGAAGAAGAUGAAGGAGGCGCGCCAGAAGGAGAAGGCUGUGUUCGGCGGCCUGUUCGGCAAGGUGUCCAUGUACGACGACAAGUCGGAGGUGGAGGCCGACCCGGUGCUGGACCCAAACAACCCGAAGGUGUUCUUCGACCUCAAGAUCGGCGAGGAGGACGCCGGCAAGGUGGUCAUGCAGCUGUACAAGGACGUGUGCCCCAAGACGGCCGAGAACUUCCGCGCGCUGUGCACGGGCGAGAAGGGCAACUGCUCGACGGGCCAGCCGCUGCACUACAAGGGCAGCUCGUUCCACCGCGUGAUCAAGAGCUUCAUGAUCCAGGGCGGUGACUUCACGCGCGGCGAUGGCACGGGCGGCGAGAGCAUCUACGGCGAGAAAUUCCCGGACGAGAACUUCAAGCUCAAGCACACGGAGGCCGGCCUGCUGUCCAUGGCCAACGCCGGUCCGGGCACGAAUGGGUCGCAGUUCUUCAUCACGACUGUGCCCACGCCGCACCUGGACGGCAAGCACGUGGUGUUCGGCAAGGUCGUGGAGGGCUUCGACGUGGUGAAGCGCAUCGAGGGCCUCGAGACGGACAAGGGCGACAAGCCCACGCAGCCCGUCGUCAUUGCCGACUGUGGCAUGUACGAGGAGGCGUAAUGCUGCCACCCUAUAUCUUCGUAUUGGGGCGUGCGAAUGUAGUUGACGUACAGUACUUUGCCGCUACAACAGCAACCUUAUUAACUGGUUGGUAAGAUAACGGAAUCGGUGGGUUCUCGGGCUU